UUUUUAAAUGCUAUAAAACAUUACACCUGUGCUUUGUUUAUGCUUCAACAUAUUUACACAUGGUUUGUCUUCUAGAUCAGGGCUAGCUUUCACAUUUAAGUGCAUUUAAUAGAAGCUAUUUUAAUUUCUGUUCUUGGGAAGAAAUGAAAACGACCCAUUUUUCCUUCUUCCACUCCAUAUUUGACAAAUCCCAUCUGGGUUGCUAACUUUUCCAAUGUAUUGCUUCUCUUCUUCUACAUUACUGUCCCAGUUUCAGGAUCUAGAGCUUGAAGAGACUGUUUCAAUGGAGGUAUCUAAUGGGAAUUUGAUUGAAAUUGGUGUCAACCAAGGAGAGCCAACUCUGGUUCCUCCAGCAGAGGAGACAAAGAAGGGUUUGUACUUCUUAUCAAACCUUGAUCAGAAUAUUGCAGUGAUUGUUAGGACUAUUUACUGCUUUAAGUCUGAUGAGAAGGGGAAUGAGCAAGCUAGUCAAAUCAUCAAGGAUGCCUUGGCAAAGGUUCUAGUUCACUACUACCCACUUGCAGGGAGGCUCACAAUCAGUUCAGAGGGAAAGCUUAUUGUGGAUUGCACAGGGGAUGGUGCUGUUUUUGUUGAUGCAAAGGCAAACUGUACUAUGGAACAGAUUGGGGACAUCACAAAACCUGACCCAGCAACCCUGAGUAAGCUGGUUUAUGACAUUCCUGGUGCAAAGAACAUACUGGAGAUUCCUCCUCUGGUAGCUCAGGUGACUAAAUUCGAGUGUGGAGGAUUUGUUCUUGGCCUAUCUCUGAACCACUGUAUGUUUGAUGGGAUUGGGGCUAUGGAGUUUGUGAAUUCAUGGGGUGAAACUGCUAGAGGUUUGCAGCUAAGUGUCCCACCUUAUAUUGACAGAGGCAUCCUAAAAGCCCGGGACCAACCAAAGAUAGAGUUUCCUCACAAUGAAUUUGCAGAAAUAGAAGAUAUAUCAAACACUGCCAACCUUUAUCAGGAAGAAACGCUCUACAGGUCCUUCUCUUUUGACUCCGAUAAACUCGAACAACUGAAGAUGAAUGUCAUGAAAGAAGGAAUUCUGAAGAAAUGCACUACUUUUGAAGCUCUUUCUGCAUUUGUGUGGAGAGCUCGCAGCCAAGCACUAAAAUUGAAGCCUGAUCAACAGACAAAGCUUCUUUUUGCUGUGGAUGGAAGGACUAGAUUUGAUCCACCAUUACCAAAGGGAUACUUUGGCAAUGGAAUUGUCUUAACAAAUUCUCUAUGCAGUGCAGGUGAGCUCCUGGAGAACCCACUAUCAUUUACAGUUGGGUUAGUUCAGAAAGCAGUGCAGAUGGUGACUGAUAUCUAUAUGAGAUCAGCCAUUGAUUAUUUUGAAAUAACAAGAGCUAGGCCUUCUUUGGCAGCAACCCUUCUGAUAACUACUUGGUCUAGGCUCUCUUUCCACAUCACAGAUUUUGGAUGGGGAGAACCUCUACUAUCAGGGCCUGUUGCACUGCCUGAGAAAGAAGUGAUCUUGUUCCUAUCUAAUGGGAAAGAGAGGAAAGGCAUAAAUGUGCUGCUUGGGUUGCCUGCCUCCGCUAUGAAGAUCUUCCAAGAAAUUAUGCAAAUUUGAUGAAGAUAUUUCUGGGAACUCUUUUCGGGAUUUCUUUACUGUAGCAUUUGUCCUAGAUUAUGUGUUUCUGGCCAAAUAAAUAACAUUACUGAGGUCACUUCUUUCUCAGAUUCUGUUGAAAGAGAAGGAAGACUCUAUGGUCAUAUGUCGUGUGAGUGGAAUUUCAGUUUCCUGUUUUCUGUUUUCCCUAACAAUGUGAAAUUUCAAUGUUGGGAGCUUUAAGUUGAACAUCUGUAUUAGAUUAGUUUCAUUGUGAUUGCUCAAUUGUUUCAGGAUACUUGUGGUUUGUAUUCAGUUCAACAAUUUAUGAGAUCCAAUUACAUAUUAUAUUUUGUUUUA